AUGGAUAAGAGACAGUUCGUGUUGGUUCAUGGAGCUUGCCACGGAGCAUGGUGUUGGUACAAGGUUGUUGCUCUAUUGAAAUCUUGUGGACAUAAAGUCACAGCACUAGACAUGGCUGCUUCUGGUGUCCAUCCAAAACAAGUGCAUGAGAUUGAUUCAAUUGCAGAUUAUUAUGAACCGUUGAUUGAAUUUUUAAGGUCAUUGCCACAAGAUGAGAGGGUUAUCCUUGUUGGUCAUAGCUUUGGUGGGAUUUGUAUAUCUAUGGCUAUGGAAUUUUUUCCAAAGAAAAUUGCAGUUGCUGUAUUUGUUGCAGCUAUCAUGCCUUCUCCGGAUCUAUGCUUCAUGACUAUCCGCCAGGAGUAUCAUCAAAGAUUGGAUUCCAUCAUGGACACAGAGAUUAUAUUGGACGAUAGCUCAAAUAAUAAAUCAAAUGGAUCCAUAAUACAUGGGCCUCAAUUCUUAGCAUCCAAGAUGUAUCAACUAUCUCCACCUGAGGACUUGUCUCUUGUAAUGUUAUUACAAAGACCUAUUCGUAGUUUUGGUGAUCAAGAACUAUCACGAGAGAAAACAAGUAUCACAAAAAAUAAUUAUGGAACUGUUGCUAAAGUCUACAUUGUGUGCCAACAAGACAAAUUGUUAAAGCUUGAUUUUCAACUGUCAAUGAUUGAACGAAAUCCUACAAACGAUGUCAAAGUGAUUCCUGAUGCUGAUCACAUGGCCAUGUUAUCUAAACCCCAAGAUCUUUUUGCAUAUCUUCAAGAAAUUGCAGAGACUUAUUAUUAG